AUGGACUUCAUCGAGUUUAUCAUAAACCUCUUCUUUUGUGGACAUUUUUGGUCUUGGAAUACCUCGACCCCCCAAGACACCCCCUCGUAUAUGACCCAGAACGAUCGUAUCAUCCCCCCCGAGGAGGAACGCAAGUACAUCGGUGGCUACACAGUCGACGAGUUUCUGGCUGCCGAGCGUGCAGCAGAAAACGAGAUACUGGCUUCAAUCGGCCUCGGCAAUGAGAUCCAUACCAUUGGGGCGACUGGAGAGGGAACCAUCGAUUACGAUGAUCCUUCAUUGCACUUUAUCACCGAGCCGGCGGGUAUCAGAGAUGAUUAG